GCGAAGUGAUAACGCUAUUCGGCAUCCAGUGGGAUGGCAGGCGCGGCACAAGGCAGGAAGCCGACAGAGGAAGAGCGGUUGGAGCGGCGUCGGCUUCGGUGUAUGAUCAACCAGCGCAGGUAUCGGGCCAACUUGCGGAAUGCAAAGACCAAAUGGCGCAACGACAUGGACGAAUUGGGUCGGGUGAAUCAACGACUGGAACGCCACCUUGCCGCGGUCGAGGGAAGCGGGCUGUGGUGCCAUGCUCAAGAACAGUCCAUUCUCGAGUACUUUCGAUUGUUUGAGCACGGAUACAAUCGCACCCCCCGCCAGGACUCGUUUCUGCGGUUCUGGGUUGCUCCCGACGGGCAUUGUAAUGACCAAAAAGGUGUGGAGGCUGUCAUGUCCAUGUGGGCAUCGUACAGCGACACGUUUACGUCGUUGCACCUUGCGUGCACGCGCUUGAUCCCGGUGGCAUGGUCGCUGGACAGCGUUAUCAUCGAGGCACAUUGCUCCGUCACGUUGGGGGUGUCCUUGGCGGCGCUACAAGCACUGUUUCCCCAUGUCAUUUCCCGGCAAGACCUCGUGGACAUGAUGCUGGGCACACCGUUCCUGCUUCCGAUGCAUGCCACGUACACCUUCGAUAGGAAUAUGCAAGUGACUCGGCAGACCUCUGGCGCGGACGUCGUUGGCGCGCUUCUGCAUCAGUUUGGAAACUUGGACGACGUUGCCUUUGCGGUGUCGAACGCGGGCAUCCAGUCUAACGCUAUGCUCCGUGUGAACGUCCAUACAACGUAAAUCUCGUCUACAUAGCCUCAUGCUGCUCUUCGAUCCCCUUUGCAACGUAAUAUGCGGGCUUCGUUCGCUGCAGAAGCAGCGAGCGAUCGGCAACCCCUUUGCCCGGGGCGUCCU